AUGAAUUGUGCUCCCCUCUUCCCCUUGCGCUCCUCGUCUGCUCGUCGGUACAAUACCUCGUCGUCGGGCACUGCCUCACGCAGCCGACCCACCCACGCCGAAGAGGCUCGGCCCAAAGAUCACCGCCAUGGAGGCCAAGAUGUAAAGAAGAGCAGCAGCGUGCAACGCACGGGAAGAAACAAAGCAGUAGAACCUAAGGCCGAAGCGAAGGAGGUGGUGAGCGCCACGGAGAAUGGGACAACGAGGAACGUGCUACCGGCCGAUGGACCCUAUCGCCUGGUCGAACGGCUGGCCAAGCGCAUCGCACGUAGCGGCCUUUGCUCGCGCCGAGAAGCCGAGCGCCUCAUUGAAGAGGGAUUGGUCUCGGUGGACGGCGCGAUCGUCAAGACGCCCGCCAUCAACGUCACUCCUGCUUCGGUGGUGAUGAUCAACAACAAAAAGGUGUGGCUCCAUUACAAGAAGCGCGGUGUGCUGGUGACCCAUCACGACCCACAGGGCCGGGAGGCGUUGUUCCCGCAUCUGCGGAACAUGGGACUGCCGCACCUCGUCUCCGUGGGUCGGCUGGACUACACCAGCGAAGGGCUGCUGCUGCUCACCAACAACGGACGCCUGGCCCAGUAUCUGGAGCACCCCAGCAACGAGUACGAGCGAAAGUACAAAGUGCGGAUCCGAGGCAAGCUGUCGCUUCACGUGGGCGUGAGCGUGACGAGAGUCCAAUACCGGGUGGAGCAGAAGGUCAUCGAUCGGCUGGCGAAGGGUAUCACGGUCGGCGGGGUGGAAUACGGACCCAUCAAAGUGACACCGAUCGAGAAAAGGCGAAGCGAGGAGGAGACGAGCACCAACGAGUGGGUGUACGUGAGCCUCACCGAGGGCAAGAACCGUGAGAUCCGGCGGGUGUUUGAGCACUUCAAACUCGUCGUCACACGCCUCAUCCGGGUUCAGCCCUACACGCUGGACAAAAAGCUCGAACCGGGCGACGUUGUUGAGACCAGGCUAAGACUGGACUUGGUCAAGAAGGCCGACCGGGACGGAGACCAGGAGUCCUCCACAGUGCCCUUCCCCGAGUCCUACUUCCGCAUCGACCCUCGCAAGAUCAUCACCAGCCUCCCCACUCCCGCCUCGUCUGCCAAGCCGCCAAGUGUGCCUGCCCUGGACAGCCCACCAUCAUCCACCUCUCAAGAGUGA